CUGAAUAAUAAGCCCAACUUUUUUUUUUGUUUUUGUUCUUCCAAUCACUCAGAUCAGAGUAGUUCACUAAAAUUCAGUUUGCGAUUUGGAUUGAAAUGAGUUCGAUCUCUGGGUUGGUGGAAGAUGAAAUCAGUUCGUUUUUUGAAUCGUCUCCACCUCUGAAGAACAAGGAAGAGAUCGGAGCGAAGCUUAAUCAGUUCAUUGAGCUGAAUUCUUCGCGCCAAGGAGAGAAGAGGAGGAUCGUGUGUGUAACUUCAGGUGGAACUACUGUUCCAUUGGAGCAACGAUGCGUAAGGUAUAUCGAUAAUUUCAGCUCUGGAAAUAGAGGUGCUGCGUCUACUGAGAACUUUGUCAAGGCUGGAUAUGCUGUGAUCUUUCUAUAUAGGAGGGGAACUUGCCAACCGUUUUGCCGGUCUCUUCCCGAUGAUCCAUUCCUUGACUGUUUCGAGUUUCCUGAUGCCAAAAAUAUUCGAGUUCAUGAGUCACAUUCUGAAGCUGUGAAGAUGGCUGUUAUGGACCAGCAAGCUGCAGUAGAAGAAGGUCGUUUACUAAAACUCCCAUUCUCAACCAUAUAUGAAUAUCUCCAGAUGUUGCGGUUGAUGGCAACGGCAUUGAAAGAUGUGGGUUCAUGUUCAAUGUUUUAUCUUGCUGCUGCUGUAUCUGACUUCUAUGUGCCUUGGAAUAGCAUGACAGAGCACAAAAUAGAAUCAGGAUCUGGUCCUUUGGACAUAAGACUAGCUCAAGUCCCUAAAAUGCUUUCAAUACUGAGAUCAAGUUGGGCUCCAAAGGCUUUCUGCAUAUCAUUUAAGCUUGAGACAGACUCAAAGAUAUUGAUAGAGAAGGCUACAAAGGCUCUACAAAAAUACAAAGUGCACGCAGUUGUAGCCAAUGAGCUGUCAACGCGCAAGGAAGAGGUUGUGGUUGUUUCAAGCAGCGGUAACGUCGUGGUGAGACGUGAUCCCGGCAAGCCUGAAUCUAUUGUAGAAGAUAAUCUCAUUCGUCUCAUCGUAGAUCGACACUCAACUUACAUCAAAGAAUCUCACACUUGAUCAUCUCCUUCUAAGACGAGAAAAGUUUCAAUCAUUCAUUCACAGACAUGUGUUCGAUGUGGAUAUGAUGUGUAUGAGUGAUACCAUAAAACUAUUCAAAUUUUUACACUUUGUUAUGUUUUGUUUUUUCAAAUGUUCGGACUAUAUGAAUAAACUGAUCCUAGAAUUAAGUUUUUGAUUCAAAUAAAUGAACUAACUUAUGUA